CUUGUGUUUGUUUACAUCGAGACGAAUGUAAGGGCGUCUGGGCCGGCAGUGAAGAUAUACAGUAUAACCCGUGUUGACGUGUUUAGCAGAUGGAUGUAGAAAUAUAAACUGGAUAAUUACUGAAGAAAUGAAUAAGUAAUUCUUCCUGCAAUGUCUUUAAAACCCAAAUUUCUGAAACCAGGUGAUGACAUAUAUGCAGAGGACCGCAGCGAUGUUGACCAAACAAGUGGCACAACGUUUAUAUAUAACCCACAUCGUUCCUUGUCAAUUGAAAAACAACGUCAACGACUGCCAGUAUUUAGAGCACGUAACCACAUUCUGUACUUGGUGGAGAAGUACCAGACCACAGUGGUAGUGGGGGAAACAGGAUCAGGGAAGAGCACACAGAUACCUCAAUAUCUCAGAGACGCAGGAUGGGCAGCAGACGGAAUCAUUGGCAUAGCACAGCCCCGCCGUGUGGCCUGCACCACCUUAGCUGAACGUGUAGCAGAGGAGUGUGAUGUUAUGCUUGGGAAGGAAGUUGGUUACUCCAUACGCUUUGAUGACUGUAGCACUCCUGGGACUACACAGAUUAAAUAUAUGACUGAGGGGCUGUUGGUCCGAGAGAUGAUGGCUGACCCCUUGUUGAGGCAGUAUUGUGUCAUCCUGCUUGAUGAAGUCCAUGAACGAACCUUGUACACUGAUAUUGUACUCGGACUUAUGAAGAAAAUUCUCCGCAGACGCAAAGACUUGCGCUUGAUCAUCUGCUCAGCAACAAUCGAUGCAGAUCAGUUAUAUAAUUUCUUCAAUUAUAACACCACUGGAGACAAGGAUAAAGACACUGUGUCGGUGCUGUCAGUCGAGGGACGGACUCACCCCAUUGAUGUCUGUUAUCUUGAAGAACCAGCACCUGAGUAUGUGAAGGGCAGUGCAGAAACUGUUAUGAAAAUCCACCGUAAAGAAGGUGCGGGUGAUGUGUUAGUCUUUCUCACUGGAGCAGAGGAAGUAGAUACUUGUGUAUCUCUUCUCAAGGAACAUGCAGCAACUCUUAAGAAAAAUGAAGGUUCUAUUCUGGUUUUGCCGAUGCAUGGAGCCCUAUCAAACAGUGAUCAGCUGAGAGUAUUCCAUUCAGCACCACCAGGAGUGAGGAAAGUGAUAGUGGCCACCAAUAUAGCCGAGACCUCUGUCACCAUACCUGGCAUUGUAUAUGUUAUUGAUUGUGGGUUUGUGAAGGUACGAUGGUACAACUCCACCAGUCACACAGAUGCCCUUGUGGUAGUUCCAACAUCUCAAGCAUCAGCCACUCAGAGGGCAGGAAGAGCAGGAAGAACCCGUUCAGGAAAGGUGUACAGACUUUACCCAGAGGAAGAAUUUAGGAAGCUUAGUGAAAUCACACCACCUGAAAUGGUCCGUACAAAUCUGUCUUCAGCUGUGCUCAACUUGAUGGCUUUAGGGAUUGAAAACAUGCUGAGGUUUGACUUUCCCUCUCCACCUCCAGCGAAACAUUUGACGUCAGCAUUAGAUGAGCUUUAUGCACUGGGAGCUCUAACAGAAGAGGGUACCCUUACUAAGCCACUGGGACAGCAGAUGGCAGAAUUUCCUUUAUCUCCUCAAUUAGCGAAGAUGUUACUUGUAUCAGGUGACUUUGGGUGUUCUCAAGAAAUUUUGUCUAUUGUAGCAAUGUUGCAGGUCCAGAAUGUUUUCACAAAGCCUAGAGGUCAGGAACAUCGUGCUCGAGUCAUCCAUAGAAAUUUCCAGGUUAAUGAAGGAGAUUUGAUCACCUUAUUAAAUGUGUUUACUGGUUAUCAAAAGCAUGCAGAAUCCAGACGGUGGUGCGUGGAGAAAUUUAUCAACCAUCGUGCAUUACGCAGAGCAGCUGAGAUCAGGGGAAGAAUGGAAAAGCUUUUAGUUAAUUUUGAUAUUCCAUUAACUUCUUGUGAAGGUGGAAUAGAUGCAGUGUGCAGAUGCAUCACAGCUGGCAUGUUCCCAAAUGCAGCAUUCCUCCAUCACUCAGGCUUUUAUCACACUGUGAGAGGAAACCAACCACUGCACAUUCAUCCAUCAUCUGUUCUCUACACUGAAACACAACCACAAUGGGUAUUGUUCCAGGAGGUACUGCACACGUCACAAAUGUUCAUGCGCGAUCUGACAGUGAUAGAUCCUGCGUGGCUUCUUGAACUUGCACCACACUUCUAUGAGAAAAGGACUAUGCAAGACCAUUAAAACAUAAACACCACUGCAAAUUAAAAUUUUAUUCUUAAGUAA